GUUUUGAUUACAUUUCAAAAUAUAUAACAGACGUUUAACGGCUUUUGAUUUUUCUGUGGUUUUAAUACUGAAGAUUUAAUAAUUAUUAGUGGUUUUCACAGCGGUUUAAGAUUUAAAACAAUGGCUGACGCCUUGGUGCAGUUAAUCAAAAGUGAAUUACCAAAUUUCACUAUUACCAAAGAGAAGCUUCUACAUCCCACCAGUCAGCUAGUGACGCAGUUCUACAGUGAAUUCAUUGCAUCCAUAACCCAAUUCAUUGUCCAACUGGGCAGUGAAGAACUGACAGGUUUUAAUGACGACCCCGACUUAAAUGAAUUCCCACCCGAAAUCGUCGUGUACGCCAAAGUAUCAAAAAUAUUCUCCCUGUACGAGGCUCACGGACACGACAGCAAGAAUAAGUUCACCCUGUACGACAUUUACAACCCUCAACCGAAACGCUUCAAAACAUUCUGCCAAGUGUGCGUACACUGUUUGAUGUUUUUCAGAAACUUCGUGAAUAACUCCAACAUAUGCAGGGAACUUUUAGAAAUAGAGAAGGAAACCGAAAGCCUUCACGAACAAAGGGAGCAGAAAUUGCAGGAAAUUAAUAAAAAUGCUCAACUCAUAGUCGAAUUGGAGGACCAAGAACAGGAGUUGCUGGAUCAAAAGAAAUCAGUGGAGCAAACUUAUGAGGAGAUGUUGGACACUAAAAAGGCAAGGGAGAUGCAUUACGAGAUGAAGCAGAACGAAAUCGAGAAUUUAACUCAGGAGACUGAUUGUUUGGCUGCUGAGCUGGAUGAAAUAAGGAAGUCUCACUCCCUACUUCAGAGCCAAAUCACAACUCAAUCGGAGUAUGAUAACUUGUUAAGUAUACUUAAUAGGUUGAAGGAGGAAGCCAGAGACUUAGAAGGUUAUAAUGAAAACAUUGGUGAAGGUUUAGAGAGUGAAAACAAUGUUUUAAAACACCUUGAAGUGUGCAAAAGUCUUGUGACUUCUUUGCUACACAUUAAUUUUCAAAAAUUGGAAGAAUUGCCACAAUGUAAAGUUGAAUGUAAAACGUUGUUGAAUGAUAAGAAUGAAUUUUAUCAAAACUUGGGUGAGAUUCAGGCACACCAUCAGAUUUUAGAGGACACCUGUAACCAUCUAAAGCAAGCUGUGACAAGUAUUCAGAAAGAAUGUGACAAACACUUCAAAAUUAUGGAAGAAGAUAUAUUAAAAGGAGAAAUCAAUUUGUCUAAAUUAAAAAAGGAGAAACAGAAGAAGUAUAAUGAACUGAUGGAUACCAAAGAUCAGUAUACUUUGGAGAAUUUUAAGUGUAAGGAAAGUUAUGCGCAAUUACAAAAGAAACUUGAUAGUGAUUAUAAUAAAAUUUUACAACUGGAGAGGGAUGCAACUGAGAAAUUCUCCAAGCAAAUAGCCAAAUUACAGAAAGCUUCAGAGAAUUUUUAGGUCCUGGUUUGUUCAUAACAACAAAAAAUACGUUUUGUAUUUAUAUGUACUAUGUAAGAAUGGUCUAACUUUGUUUGAAAUAUGUAUAUAUUAUAAAUAUAUCUAAAUUUAUUGUUUAA